CAAAACCUAAACUCGGGCUGAUACAGUUUCAGAUAACAAAACCUAAAUCCUUUGUAUGUAAGAUACAAAGAAAGCAAGUGAAGGAUGGACUACAAAUCCUUCAUAGGUAUGUAUAAUGCAUUCGUUUGAAUUCCAUAAAAUUCGAAUCACAAUGUUUAUAAUCUUCUAAGGUUUACGUCGAAUAUGUUUACUUUUCCUUCUAUAAUGGGUUCAGGAGGAGGGGGAUCAAUAUCUGAUAAUGAAGAUAUGAUACGAGACAUAGUCAGUAGACUUCCAGUGAAAUCGCUCAUGAGAUUCAAAAGUGUAUGUAAACAUUUCCAGUAUUUAAUUGAAGAAGAUGAAUAUUUGAUUGAUUUACAUUACAAACAAUCCAAAACACGUCCUGGUCUCAUCAUCAUUGUUCCUAGGUUUUAUCUUGCCACACCCAUGAAUGAUCGGGAUCCUUACAGUUUGAUACCCGUGUCUAGAUAUUAUGCGCUAUCCAAAGAGAUUUCUUUCUUGUCAGCUGACAUUGUUUUAGGCGAAAAUGGGAAUGCAACAGCAGCAAUUGUGCACACUUUCAGGAAUGCAAAGGAUGAUACAUUCAAGUGUACUCAGACAUCAUACUGGAGAGAUUAUCGUAUCCAGUAUAAUCAGAUUCUGAAACCCGUGAACGGUUUGAUAUGUUUCGUCUAUUGGAGCCUCAUGUACAUGAGUACGGUUACAUUUUUCUUAUACAAUGUUAGCACUCGGGAAAUAAUGAUUGUCAGAAAUUCGGCAUUCUACAGGGGAACAAGAAGAGAUAAGCAAUAUGAAUCGUGUCGUAUUGUGUGUACAUCUUUUGAACUUGGGUUCGAUCCUGUCACGAAGGAAUACAAAUUGAUUGCUGUGUUUACAGUGCGUAAAGAUAAACUGUGGUCCGGUAGUGCUGCUUAUACAGUUUGCGAGGCCUUGACUUUAGGAAAUAAUACUUGGAGAAAUGGUGUUCAAUUGUGCAAUUUCCCAAGUAGUUCCUUCAGCGUGAAUGGUUCAAUAUAUUGGCAUUGUACAACCAAGCUCUCUCAUAUAAAGCAUUCUGAUGGUUUUGAAUGGUACAAGGAUGAAGAAUGUCCAUCUAUAGUGAGUGGCAUUUGAUGUUGGGAAUGAAAAAUUCAGAGUUAUUCCAAUCCCUGGGUUCAUGCUUGAUAAGUCCUAUGCUGAAAAAGAAAAAGGUUUAUUGGCAGUGGAUGAGCGUUAGCUUAUUUCGGUAGAGAAAUCGUUUCAAGAAGAAGCGGAUAUGAAUAUCGUGGCAAUGAUAAGCUGUGGAUUUUCGACGAUCACCAUCAGAAAGAGAAUAAAACAGCGAGUAGUAACAUGAAUUGGACUGAAUCUUAUUACCUUCAGAUUGGAAAUCCUAUUUUGUCAAAUGUCAUGAUAUUGCAGGAUCAGACCAACUAAUCUUAACGUGUUAUAACUGCAGCGAGUUUGUAUCUAUUCAUUCGUAUAAUCGAAAAAAGACGACUUUUAGCAAGAUUGAAAUCAGUGGGAUCGGUUAUGUUCCGGUCAUUCUCUAUACAUACUUAUUUACAACUUUUGUGGAAAGCCUUUUCCAUGUCAAUAAGAAGAAGCAGCAGCAACAACAGUCGCCCCAUAAAUACCUUGAUGACAAAUCAAAGAAAUGAAAACCCACUUUCUCAAGAUUCAAGAUGCCAAAACAAAGGAUUCAAGAAGGCAAUAGAACGGUUAACAGGAUUUCUAUUGCUGCUUCGGUAUGUUCUUAUAUAGCUGCAAGUUUUCGUAUUUUUGUU